CGAGAAGUGGAAUGCUUUGAUCCGUGAAUAUGCAUCCGUGUAAGCGGAGAAAGCAAUGUAGUAUCAAAAUACCCAGUACAUCACCUGUAGACGAAAUCAAAUUACAAUCUGCAGGUAAAAGAGACAGCAGUGUCCCAUAUAAUAUACAAGUAGAGAUAAGAUUCAGUAGGUCAUUCCAAACACAACUAGUGACCAAAGGACUGUCGCCAUGCCACUUACAUUUCCAGUAAAGAUCUCCACAACCGAAAUGCACACGGCAGGACAUGUAUUAAGGAUUAUAGAAAAUGGAUGUCCUGAAAUCAAGGGUCAAACACUUCUGGAUAAAAUUAAUUACAUGAAAAGUGAAUUGGACGAGUACAGGAAAUUGUUAAUGUGGGAACCGCGAGGACACUACGACAUGUUUGGAGCGCUGCUCGUGUCUCCGGAUAUAGAAACGUGCGAAUUUGCCGUCAUUUUUAUCCAUAAUGAGGGGUACUCUACAAUGUGUGGUCAUGGUCUUAUAGCUUUAGGGCGUUAUCUCAUAGAAAAAGGACUCGUUAAAAAUGUCACUGUUCCAGAAACUCAGAUAAAUAUUCAAUGUCCUUGUGGUCCAGUGACUGCUUACGUCACAUAUGACGGACAGAACACCGGCGCAGUAAGGUUCCAAAGUGUUCCAUGUUUCGUCUUCAAACCAGAUUUGACUGUGGAAGUCCCUGGUUAUGGUAAAAUAACUGUCGACAUUGUUUACUCGGGAGCAUUCUAUGCCAUUCUGUCGGCAGGGCAGUAUGGUCUGGACGUCAGGAACUCGUCAGUGUCCGAGCUGAGGGCAGCGGCCGGAGCCACUACAGACAUUUUGAGAGCACAGAUGAAGUUUGUUCAUCCAGACGUGAAGGGCGUCUCAUUUCUGUACGGUACGAUUCUGACAGACGGAAAGGAUGACUACUCGGAUGAAAUUACAGACACCAUGUGUGUUUUCGCUGAAAGAGAGGUAGAUAGAUCGCCGUGUGGGUCGGGAACAUCAGCUAGAAUCGCUCUCCAGUACUUUAAAAAUAAAGUCACGAUCAACCAAACCAGGACCUUUCGUGGACCUUCUGGUGAAGUAUUUAAGGCAAAAGUCGUCAAGGAGGUCAGCUGUGGAAAUCACCAGGCAGUGGUCACUGAGGUGAAGGGUCAAGGUUAUUUCUGUGGAAAUUCUACAUUCACACUGGAAGAAAGUGACGCCGCAGGGAAAGGAUUUUUGUUGCAGUAGAUACUGCACUCAAAGCUGUCUUAUGAUACUCGAUAACAACACGGCAGAAAAUAAGAACUAAAUCAUAAAAUGUACGAAUCAACCCUUUAUUUAAGUGGCAAUAUGCAUAGAACAUCUAUUUAGAUACCAUAUUAAUAAUAACCUUUCAUAAACAUGAAAAUUAAAAUGUAUUGUCCCAAUGCUGUUUUGCAUUAAUGAAGAACACGCUUGAAACAUUUAGGAACACCUAUUAAUGGGUGAUUGUGUAAUAUUACUCUUACUUCUUAAAUAGGGAAAGUUGAUGAUGGAAAAGCUGAAGUCAUUCCGUUUGCUAAUUAUUUGUUAGUUGCAUAUCUAUUGUUAGUAAAAUAUCCAAGUAUAUGAAACAGAUGUGGCAAUCUCUGUAGUGUCCUUUAUUUCGAGUUCAUUAUGAUAUAUCAAGUUAAAAAAUUGUAUUGGUAUGUAUAUAAAACACUAUACAAACAAAUGUAUUCUAAAUUACAUGUAUACUUUUACGUACAAUGGUGUGAAAAAGAUUAAUGGUGAGUAAGGUAACACUGCACAUAAUAUCUAAUUAGCCGAACAAUGCAUGAAAAAUGGAAACAAUGGCGAAUGCAAAUCUUGGUGACAUGGAUAAAUUAUCAAUGUAUACACGUAUGUAUAUGAAUAAAUUAACUUUGAAAUGCAUACAAUGAUGUUAUGUAUAGAGAUAAAUUACUGUAGGUAAAUUAUGUGAACAAUAUAUUCUAAAAUGCUGGAGUUUCUGAUUGACAAUAUCUAUAUGUAGUUUUUGGAGACCAAGUCUUCCAACAAUCUGUCGAUAUUCCCAAGGGUACCAAAUAUUAACCCGUUAUUAGCAGACCUAUUUUUAUAUUCAUAUGAAGCAGAAUUUAUUAAAAAUUUCUACAUGGGAAGAAGAAAACACUUGCUGUGGGUGUGGCCUUCAACAGCUUCUUCCAUUCGUAAGUCGACUCGAUAUAUCCUAGUGAACUUGAAAUAAAAGAUACAACAGAGUCUGGCACAUCUGUUUCAUAUUUGAAUAGUUUUCUAGAAAAGGAGUUAAUGGUAACCUAACAACGAAACUUCAUGAUAAACGUGAUGAAUUCAACUUUUUUAUCGUCAACUUCCCUUAAUUAUGUAGCAAUUUACCAUUAUCACCUGCAUGUGGAGUUUUAUGUCUCCCUGUUGAUUCGAUACGCAAGAGCAUGCUUUACGUACGAACAAUUUCUAAAUCGAGGCAAACUAUUGACAAACAAGUUGAUGAAACAAGGAUAUCAACAGUGUCGUUUCAAGUCAACAUUUGGCAAGUUCUAUGGUAUAUACAAUGACCUUGUCAGCAAAUACAUCAUUAAGUCGAAUGCUGACCGACAUUUUUCAUACUUAAAGUUAGGCCAUUAUUUACAAACUGAAUUGUUUGAGGAUUUUUCCGUUUGCCCGACCAAGACAAGAAGCACAUGUCGGGUGUGACCGGUCGCAGGGGAUGCUUACUCUUCCAUGGCACCUGAUCCCACUUUGAUGCUUUCAGGGGUCCGUGUUUGCUCUGCUCCGGAUUUGUAUUGCAUGUUUCAAUGCAUGGACUUUAAUUUGAGCUUGAUUGCUGCAUGUUCGUUAUCUCCAUAUUUCACAAAUAAAUUAGGUGUAUAAUGAUCUUAAAUAUAUGAACUAGGUAAAUAAUACAAUGGAAUUAUACCUAAAUCACAUUAAUAUGCCUGUACGAAAUGGAUAAAUAAGCUGAACACUACAUACUAUGAUGUUAUGGAGAAAUUACUAAACAAUACAUAUAUUGGUGAUUGGAUAGUUUUUCAAGCUAUUCAAACAUUGGUGACAUACUGAAAAAUGUUCCAUGCAAGCAAGGACGUACAUUAAUUGUGAGGCCCAUCUUUAAAAUAAUAUUUAUUUGCCCUCUCCUGGCUGAUGGUGAAAAAAAUUGGGUCGGUAGGUAGGUGAGAAUUUUUCUUCCAGAAAAUGUCAACAGGAUGACAGGAUGAGAAAAUUCAAUAUUAAAAAGAAAAAAGAAUUAUCGUUUCCUGGAGGUUUAAAAAAGUUUUGAAUCGGGUCAUUUGUAUCCAGUUGUCGGGAGAGGGCAAACAAAUAAUUUUUGAAAGAUGACCUAGCUGAUAUGGAGAUCUGUCUAAACAAUGCAUAUAUUAAUUGGUGAUAUGGAUAUAUACAUUAUUUAAACAAUACUUACAUUGGUGAUAAGAAUAAAAAUUAUGUAAACAAUGUACAUGUAUAUACUAAUUAUGAUAACGAUCAAUUAUCUUAUCAUUGCAUACACUA